AUGGACUGCUGUACCGGGGAUAGCCAGGGCCUUAUAGGCGUGACUGGCGAUUUCUUUGAGAUCAGGCAGGAUUGCCGAGACGACGUCCCCAAGACCCGGUUUAAGCCGAAGGUUGGCUACCUAGAUUUUCUCUCAUAUUUGCAUUCUCUCGUGUUGAAAUGUUGGCAAUCGUGGCGGUAUUGCAUUUGAAGAAUCUCUCGUGGGUGACACUUCGUGACGUUGUAAUAUUUGGCAAAAUCAUCCAUACUUCAUUUUUUGGCUGAUUGUGCGAGAGGAGCAUUGUGAUGUUUGGUACCAUACAAUUUUCCUUCUUGAAGUAUUGAUUGCUGCGUAGAACGAGGUUGGAAAAAAAUAUGAACUAACCUGCUUUCACUAGGAUCCACAAGAUUGUUGAUGCAGAUGCAGAAAUACGUGGAAUAGUUCUGGCUUUGUUGCUUCACUGAUCAUUGCGUUUACCACGGAACGCUUUGAUGUCCUUGCAGGAGUGUCAGCUUUCCGAUGAAACGAAGAAUGGGAGAAACUUCAGCUGACCAUUCCCAUUUCCUCCGGGAUCUACGAGACCGUUCAUGCGGAGGGUGGAAAUCAUGUCUUUGAUAAUUUAGCUCAGAUUUGCGUGCAAUUUAUUAGAUAAAAUGAUGGAUUUGCCUAAACAUCUGAUUUACGUACCAAAACGAUGUGAAAUAAUAGUAAUCUAAUUUUUUUACUGGUGACUCUAACAUGGAGAAGCCACGGUGCGGAUUUUCAAUACGGCUUUUCUUAUUUUCUUAGCAAUUUUUACGGUCUUAUAUUUAUUUACAAGCCAAUUUAUGGUGCCUCUUCUGUCACUCAAAGAUUUAUAUUACACACCUCUUCAAGUGUGGACUGUCUUGGAUCUAAUGAGAUAUUCAUUACGAAAGUCGUGCUCGUAUUAUUUUUUAAUGGCCUUGUUUCUUAAAUUUUGAUGAUUUUCCUAAAUGAGAAGUGAGCAUGAGUUACUGGGGAAGUGAGCUUCGACUAUCCUACCCUGAAACUACGGGAGAUGCAGCAGCCACUUACUCUGAACGCAAUAAGCUUCAUCAUCAAGAAUUCUGAAGCUUGCAUGAACAGGGGCCAUAAAUUCUUUUUUGAGAAAGGCUACACUUAUGUGUUGUCUCUAGACCCUUAAUCUGUUAAAGAAUUUGAUUGUCUCCAUGAGAUGGGCUUAAAGAAGGAUUCCUAGUCAAGAGUAUUCCUUGUAGACAAAGGACCUUGAGUGUCACCAUGCAUAAAUUUUCAUGUAAAGCUUCCUUUUAGUUUCAUCAUACAAGAUAGCUACAGUAAUUUUACCUGGUUGAUGAUAGAUGAAUAUCUGGAUCUGAAAGGGAAAAUAUAUGAAAGACCAAGAUGGAUUUAUAGAAGAUGAGAAAUUAAAUCAGUUAUGGAAACAAUAUACAAUAUGAACAUUCAUCAUAAAUGUGGAAUCCUUGCGACCAUCACAGAACAACUCAGAGAAAACAUAUUUACGUUUGUUUGCAAAAAACCGUCAUAUGCUAGUCUAAUCUUAUAUAUAAUGUCCCUAAAAUCGCCUAGCAUUCUAGACGACAUGAAGGGUUGCGUAAGUAACGAAGAACUAAACUAAUGAUAUGAAAUUUGCCAUGGUAAUUUGCGGUAAAAUGUAUUUUUUAUUGUUCAAGAUCAAAGUAAAACAGUUUCGUCACCUGUUUUGUUUUCUUGUCAAGUAUUAUUCACGUUUCUAUAUUACGUAGGACUCACAGAUUGCUUUCAUUGUUCUGCUAAAGAUAAUACGUUGGCCUAAACAAAUCUGUGUUCUUCAGAGAGAGAGAAGGCAUUCUUGUCUUCCUUCUUUCUUUCACUUUUCUAUGCAAAACGUUUCUUUGGAAAUCAGUAUUUUUUAUUUGCAUGUUAAUACACAGAUUUUGGCCGAUUUCAAUCCUAUUGUUAGUCUCUAAGAAUGCACCUUGUUAUGUUCCUUUUUCUUUCUGCAAUAUUUUUUAUGUAGUAAAAAGGUUCGAUGUAGGUAAACGGCUAUCUGAUAUAUUGUCUACCAAAGGCCAACACCAUUAUUCAUAUAUCCGACUAAUUACCUUUAGGAUAAACUGUAAGUUAUCUUCACAUAUUGGCCAUCAAAUUUUAAUCCAAUUAUGAAAUCAACAUCUAUCAUUCAUAAGAUAAGAUAUCCAAGCGCUAUAUUUAUUUUUCCUUGAAUUAUGUAAGUUAUCUUCCAUCGUUUUAAGUUGCGUUUGUAGUAUUCCAUACUUCAAUGUUUUAUCUCGGUUUUUAUUGCCAAUUGUGAAGGUAAAAUCGUUGUGGAACCUGUGCAACCUUCCCAUUUGGCUUGGAGUUUCUUGUGAUCGACAAUGAAAUUAACUUUUUAUCAAAUUUCGGAAGUGUACUAGUUUCAUCUCUCAUAAUUUUAACUGGAUGAGUUGGACGAAUGUGGUCAGUUUUAAAAGUAUUAAUUCUUGAGAUCAGUUAGUUGUCCUCAACAUUCUUGAGUAUGCAUCACCUCUCUCUCUCUUAUUCGAUAUUAUUUAGUGUCAUUAACAUGAUUACAAUGCUCAAAGUAAUUGUGCAACCUCUGUACAUCUCCCUAGGCUGGAAAAACUCUUAGUGCGAAAAGAUGGCAUUCCUCUUUCACAGAGGAAGGUUACUUGGACAUAGCCAGAGUUCUUCAACGAGCACAACGUGGGGUAAGAUGCUUAUGAGACUUGCCUUCUAUAGUGUUUUCAUUUGGCUACGUGACUCAAUACGAAAAACUUCCUCGAAGAGUGCACGUGGACAUAGUUUAUGGUUAAAGGUUGAUAGUUGCAUAAGGUUCGGUCUUAAAUAAGUAUUGAAUACAAGUGAUUAUGCCCCUGUUGUCAUUUUCUAGUUUCAUUUUUUCUAAUGAAGAAUGAAAUGUAAAUGAUGCGGUUUCUACUACUGGUCUUGACACCAAAAUGCUGUCAAUAGAUUUUUUUUUAAUUUUUAACCACGCCAAUCUAGGAAAAGAAAAGGAACAAAAUGUUGGAUAGUUUGCCAAGCCUAGGCUGCGAUGAAAGCAGGUCUUGUGCCUUCCAGAUGGGUUCUUUCAAUAAAGAAUCCGAUAGAAAGAACAAGGCAUGAAUCAAGAUCUUCCCAGCUGGCCUAUCUUGUUGUUCACAGGAUCAGUGAUGACUCCUUCCGCGAUUGAAAAAUAUCCAAAAGUUGAAUCGAAGCACCCCAUCUGGAUAGAUGCCGUUUAGAUAGGUCAUUGCAUUCAUCCUAAAAUCUUCAUCUCCGUUCUCAAGUGAACUUUGCAUGCUGACUGCAAAUUCUAGCAAUCUGCAGCAGUAUUCUAUGGCAGCCUUUCAGAUGGAUAUUACUAGGCUAAUGGAAUAUUAUAUAUGCUGGCUUCAUAUUUUUACUUUACUUGUCCUAAAUUCCACUGUUUCCAAGGAACUGUGGGUUGCUAGAAUUUGGCAUAAGCUUAAAGUUAAAAUGUCAAUGACCACAGGCUGAUGUAUUUUCCCUCUUUAAAUCAAUCUGGGUUUCCAUCAGAUCCUGUUAGUCUAGGUAGACUUUACCGCUUAGUGAGCCAUUUUUGAGUAGGUAAAUUAUACCAUCUGACGAGUGUACACGAAUGGUGACUUGAAAAUAGAUGCGACUUCCCAUUUUGUGGAUCAAACGGACCGAUAUGUCAGUGACCACAGGCUGAUGUAUUUUCCUUCUUUAAAUCAAUCUGGGUUUCCAUCAGAUCCUGUUAGUCUAGGUAGACUUUACCGCUUAGUGAGCCAUUUUUGAGUAGGUAAAUUAUACCAUCUGACGAGUGUACACGAAUGGUGACUUGAAAAUAGAUGCGACUUCCCAUUUUGUGGAUCAAACGGACCGAUAUGUCAGUGACCACAGGCUGAUGUAUUUUCCUUCUUUAAAUCAAUCUGGGUUUCCAUCAGAUCCUGUUAGUCUAGGUAGACUUUACCGCUUAGUGAGCCAUUUUUGAGUAGGUAAAUUAUACCAUCUGACGAGUGUACACGAAUGGUGACUUGAAAAUAGAUGCGACUUCCCAUUUUGUGGAUCAAACGGACCGAUAUGUCAGUGACCACAGGCUGAUGUAUUUUCCUUCUUUAAAUCAAUCUGGGUUUCCAUCAGAUCCUGUUAGUCUAGGUAGACUUUACCGCUUAGUGAGCCAUUUUUGAGUAGGUAAAUUAUACCAUCUGACGAGUGUACACGAAUGGUGACUUGAAAAUAGAUGCGACUUCCCAUUUUGUGGAUCAAACGGACCGAUAUGUCAGUGACCACAGGCUGAUGUAUUUUCCUUCUUUAAAUCAAUCUGGGUUUCCAUCAGAUCCUGUUAGUCUAGGUAGACUUUACCGCUUAGUGAGCCAUUUUUGAGUAGGUAAAUUAUACCAUCUGACGAGUGUACACGAAUGGUGACUUGAAAAUAGAUGCGACUUCCCAUUUUGUGGAUCAAACGGACCGAUAUGUCAGUGACCACAGGCUGAUGUAUUUUCCUUCUUUAAAUCAAUCUGGGUUUCCAUCAGAUCCUGUUAGUCUAGGUAGACUUUACCGCUUAGUGAGCCAUUUUUGAGUAGGUAAAUUAUACCAUCUGACGAGUGUACACGAAUGGUGACUUGAAAAUAGAUGCGACUUCCCAUUUUGUGGAUCAAACGGACCGAUAUGUCAGUGACCACAGGCUGAUGUAUUUUCCUUCUUUAAAUCAAUCUGGGUUUCCAUCAGAUCCUGUUAGUCUAGGUAGACUUUACCGCUUAGUGAGCCAUUUUUGAGUAGGUAAAUUAUACCAUCUGACGAGUGUACACGAAUGGUGACUUGAAAAUAGAUGCGACUUCCCAUUUUGUGGAUCAAACGGACCGAUAUGUCAGUGACCACAGGCUGAUGUAUUUUCCUUCUUUAAAUCAAUCUGGGUUUCCAUCAGAUCCUGUUAGUCUAGGUAGACUUUACCGCUUAGUGAGCCAUUUUUGAGUAGGUAAAUUAUACCAUCUGACGAGUGUACACGAAUGGUGACUUGAAAAUAGAUGCGACUUCCCAUUUUGUGGAUCAAACGGACCGAUAUGUCAGUGACCACAGGCUGAUGUAUUUUCCUUCUUUAAAUCAAUCUGGGUUUCCAUCAGAUCCUGUUAGUCUAGGUAGACUUUACCGCUUAGUGAGCCAUUUUUGAGUAGGUAAAUUAUACCAUCUGACGAGUGUACACGAAUGGUGACUUGAAAAUAGAUGCGACUUCCCAUUUUGUGGAUCAAACGGACCGAUAUGUCAGUGACCACAGGCUGAUGUAUUUUCCUUCUUUAAAUCAAUCUGGGUUUCCAUCAGAUCCUGUUAGUCUAGGUAGACUUUACCGCUUAGUGAGCCAUUUUUGAGUAGGUAAAUUAUACCAUCUGACGAGUGUACACGAAUGGUGACUUGAAAAUAGAUGCGACUUCCCAUUUUGUGGAUCAAACGGACCGAUAUGUCAUUUGAGUUUUUAACCAGAAAUGUAUCACCUUUUGACGUUUUUGUUUAAUUACUUUGGACACCUUCAUCUGUGGCAUUCAUCUCACAGAUACAUCAAGCCUGGAAAUUAUGAACUUGGUUUUUGCAGAUUACUAAUUACUUCCCAAGGGGAGACUUGGAGUAGGGAAAAAAAUACAAGCUAUAUGAUGAUUUGCUUUGGUUAGUUUCAUUUUUGAAGCAGGCAUGAACUUUUAGAGAUAGAAAAACGCAGAGUUGAGUUUUCUAAUCAUUCCACUUAUUUCAGCAUUUUAUUUCUGCUUAUCUUUAACAGAAAAUUGUAAAAUAUUAUGAUGCUUUCUGUAAAAAUUUAAAAGUCAGAGAUGAAUGUUAAUGUCUUCACAAAAAUGUUUUUCUUUGUGGACCGUAUAUAUACUCUACCGGAGAUUAUAAAUCGCUACAGAUGUGAGUACAUUCGCUUUGCAAAUCUUAUUUCCAACUGACAUGGUCCAAUUUAUCUCGUAACUUGUACACAUGAAGGAUCUUCUGUGCUGAAUUAUUUAUUUUUCGCCAGGAGGACAGUGUCUAAUAUAUUUCUCUACCAGGGGGUUCAUCCAUCGAUUAAAGGUGUCGUCUGGGAAUUUCUGCUUGGUUGUUAUGACCCAAGGAGCACCUUCGAUGAGAGGACUCAUUUGAGACAGCAAAGAAGGUAGAUAUAUCUGACGACCAUCAGGUAGAAAAAUUUGAAAGAGGGAAAGUCAUAUUUGCAGGAUUUAUUUUUACAUAAUCGUUGUCCGUUGGAUAAAGCCUCUCAAGGGGCAUAACUAUGGGCAUGAUGUAACAAAGAUGGCACAUAUUUGUUUUAUAUUUAUUUUACUUAAUUAUAUGAGUUUUUACUGUGUUCAACCUGGUGCAAUAUCAUCGUUUUAAUUGGAGACAUUGUUGACGUGUGAGAACCUAAAUUUCCAUAUUUCAUUGUAGUGUUGUCCUUGAUAGAAGCAACCUUGACUUUUCUUGCAUGCGACUUCAAACGAAGUGUAAAAGAUUUUUCAACUUUAUGUUUCAGGAAGAUGAGGCAAACUAGACUCAGAUUUUCUCAGUUUUAUACGAUCAAUCAAUUAAUCGUGCUUUUAUCUGACUGAUCAUUUGACACAGUCAAAUAUGUAGGAUGUGUUUUGAGCGGAAUGACUCCUAGUUUUGCCAGGGGUAUCCUCGUCUUAGCUUUUAACAAUUGAUGUAGAAGCCUAAUUGUUAUGCCAUCUUCUUUGUCACUUUCCCUUGAACUCAAAAAAGAGUAUGUCUGAUCGUAUACUUUCUUUCUAAAGUUUCUUUUUCUUUUUGUAGAUUCCUUCAGUUGAUUGGAUUUAGUGAAUUUCUGAUUAUUUGUUAACAUCAGGGAACAGUAUGAGAGUUGGAAGUCAGAAUGCCAGGAAAUGGAGAGGACAGUUGGCAGUGGAAAGAUACUUACAAUGCCUUUAAUCACAGAAGAUGGGGAACCCAUUCCAGAUUCGUCCAGCAAUGAUGUUGUUCAUCAAUUGUCUACAGAGACAGAGGGCUCCCAGAACAUUGAGCAGAAUAUUGAGAAAGCCUCUCCAGACAAGAAAGUAAUCCAAUGGAAGCUUUCAUUGCAUCAAAUUGGUAACACUCACACUUGAUUUUUCCUUACCAUGUUUUUGUAAAAUUUAGGAAUGUCCAAUAGCAUCUCUGAUAAGAACCCAGAUCAAAGAACUACGAAUAAUUCGUAUUAAAGAAAUAAUCUCUAGAACAGAAAUAUCAAAGAUAAAGUACAGUAAAAGAACCCAGAACAGAUGAAGGGUCGCAUACAACCCUAGAACCCAGAACAGAUGGAGGGUUGCAUACAACCCUCCAACCCUUUCUCAUAGAUGCACGAGAUACAAACACCAAUUUUCCUUCCUCUUCCGUCCUGAUCCACCCAUCCUUAUAUCCUCUCCUUUCCCUGUCUUAUUUAGGCAGUUAGUCUCCUGCCAUAACUGCUCUUGCCAUAACUGUUCCUUGUCGUAUUGUUCAUUGCCAUAACUGUGCCUUCCCUCAAUCAUGCUAACCGUCAUUAACUUCUUGGGCUUUGGGCCUUCUUCCUUCUAGCAUAUGUGAGCGGAGCCUUAUCAAUCUCUUAGUUGUGUCUUGCACUUGAGGUAUUUACUGGGUACUAAUUUUGAAGCAGAGCUUCCAUGGUUGGGAAUUUGAAAUCGGGACUUUAUCUCCUGCUGUUAAUAUCUGCGUUUUUCAGUAAAAAUGCCCCCCAAUUUUGUUAAUAAAUCAUUAUUUCUAGGAUUUGGUUCCUCUGAUUUCCUUCGUAGGAUAUAUCUGAUCCUAAGUUAUUUGUCACCAAAAUUAGGCUCCUUACCAAUCGGAGCGUAGAUAUGCUUUUACCCUCUGUAACCCUGAUAAAAUGACUUGCUUUCUACGAACAAAAAAAUAAUUGGAUUCCCGUAUUAGGAGUCUCCCAAAUUCAUAUUGACAAGAUAGUAGGCCACCUCUCAUCCCCCUCUCAAGUGUCCCCCUAUCCUGUAACCCUUAUGGGGAUGCUUCACAUUCAGAUUUCAUACUGAACUUGAAUCAAAUAUACUUCUUAUUUUCACUUGUACUGAACUCCAUAUUUAGGAAUUGCUGACCUAUUGGAUUUUCUCUAUCUAGAGGACGUGAUUAUCAACAUUUCAUCAAACCAACAGAAGGGAUACAAAGGACUUUCUGCAUCAUCUUCCAUGAAUGCUUCCUUGGAUGGCAAGAAUUCACAAAGAUAAUUGUUCAUCAUUAUUUUUCAAUGGGAGAAUGAAAGGCUAUCAAGGAAACUAAUAGUAUAAUUUUCUGCAAAUCAGGAGUGUGGUUUUAUUAUCUUAGGAUAGAGGCAUGCAUUCAUGUCCAUUUUUGUUGAUGUUGCCGCCUGAUAUGUUUUGUGAAAAGCUCUGACACCAACUGCUAUCUAACUAGACAAAGAUUUAUUUUACAAAUUCCUAUUGAAUGAAAAACGUUUAGAUUCGGAAUAUCUGUAUAGCCUUGAUACGGUGGUUGUAGAAAUGUGAGGAACCGGAGCCGCUCGAAAGGUCAUAUGUUUUUUUCGCAAUGCACUAUUUCACCCUCUAGAUGCUGUCUUUCUGUUCACUUUAGACGUUCUUCUAGCAGCAGAAUGACAUGAGCUGUAGAUAAUGUGAGAGGUAACUCUUGUUUUUUUUUUUUUUAAUAAUAUUUCUUUCGCAUUCCUUCAUUCGUGAGAUAUUUCAUUUUCGUUCGUCAUAUGUAGAAGUUUCAAUUCAAGAAAGUUUUCAGGAUUAGUUUCAUAGUCAAGAAUAUUCCAUGUGAGUCCAAAAUCUGAUGUUAUUUUACAUUAGGAAACAGUAUGUAUAACCUUCAAAAUGAGGCCUAGUGUAGUAAGAUCGGCUCAUUCGUAUCUUGGAGCUUGUUUCUUUUCUUUUUAAAAAAGGCGUGCUGAAAAAAUUAUGGCGUUGGUUUGGGAUUAUGUGAAGGGAUGAUGGUCAUGGGAGGAAUACUCUCAAUUUUGACUUGUCAUUAAGGCCUAGCGUGUGAUGUCUUUUUUUAUUUUUUAUUUUUCUAAUUCUUGAGUUUUGUUAGGCCUGCAAUAUUUGAACCGUCACCUAGACAAAAAGGUGGCCACAUUAUCAUCAAUUAAAAAAAAUAAAAUUCUGUUGUUCGGCUGCAAUACUUUAUUAUUUGAACCAGAGUUUUGUUAGGCCUGCAAUACUUUCUACAAGAGUCUGAUGAUCUCAAUACAUAUCAGGGAUUGAUUAAUCUGACUUCAAUGAAUUUAUUCCGUGGUUCGGCUAUGUAUUUUAUGUUUUUGAAAGAAACUCUGGUUAUUUCUUCCACCUUCAUUUAUAUUAUUUUUGAUAAUCACUUAUUUAUUUCAACAACAUUUCAUAUUUUUUGGAAACAGGUUUGGAUGUGGUUCGUACGGACCGGACAUUAGUUUUCUAUGAGAAUCCAAAUAAUCUUGCGAAGCUUUGGGACAUACUGGCAGUUUAUUCAUGGAUAGACAGAGAUGUUGGUUACUGCCAGGGUGAGGACCCUGUUCAUAUGCCCAAUUAAAUUAGCUCCAGUAAGUUUCAACUCUGUUUGCCUUUGAAGCCUGUUUUCACUAUGCUAAAAUUUAAUUAUUGUGCAGGGAUGAGUGAUCUCUGUUCUCCAAUGGCAAUUCUUCUUGAAAGUGAGGCUGAUGCGUUUUGGUGCUUUGAACACCUUAUGCGUAGGCUGGUAACUCACCAUGAUUUCACUCUUCCGAGAUUUUGUUUACGCAGGAAAUAAAAUCAAUAAAUGCAAUAUAUUUGUUUAGGAUCGUCCUCGUCACUUGUUAGUGAAACAUCUGCUCCUCGUCACUUGCCUUACAAAUUUGAAUACGGGGUAGUAACCCAUCAAAACAAAUUCAAGGAUUUUAUUUUUAUUUGUUUCAGAUAUUAAUUUUUUUAGUUGAAAUGAAAUUCCUACACAAAUGUUAUCAUCCUGAUGAUGCAUAAUCUGAGAGUUUUAACUUAGUGUUCUAGAUUUUCCGUUUCCUGCAAAUUUGAUGCGCCUCUUAUGCCUAAUUACUACUCUGAAAAUUUGAAAGAGAGGAAAUUUCAGAUGCACAUCAAGUUCUGUUGGAGUUCAGUCUCAAUUGGCCAUAUUAUCAUCCGUAGUAAAAACUAUCGAUCCAAAGCUUCAUGAGCACCUAGGUAUGACGCCUCCAUCUAUCUCUGAAUUGACGGUUUCAACUCAUUGAUUCUUCUGCAGAACUCUUUUCUCGUUAAAUUUAUAGUCUUCUCAUGUUUGGCUGAUCUUAGAGAAGUUUCACAAAAUAAGGUUUAAAUUCAUUUGGUCUCCUCUGAAGGAUCUGAGUAUUGCCAUAAACACGUUGUUAAAGACGGCAAUCGAGAUUGUUCAUAUAAAUCAUCUCGAAUGUUCUGGUACAUCUAUAAAAAUAUUAACUUUUCGUACUAUUCUUAUGUUCUUUGUUCUAGUUUACUAAAAAAAUUAUAGCAACGGAACAUAUAAUGUUAGCCCACAGAUAAUUUUAGCUCUAUGCAGUGUAGGGUUCGGGUCGACGAACAACGAAAUUUCAAUUUAUUUAAUGGUCAAUCAAGAAGCGGAGAUAAUCUUUGAAGAACUUUCAAAUGAGGAAUGGAAUGUCGUCUAUUCUGGAAGAAUGAAGAGCAAACAAAUGGCAUAUAAAAUGAAAAGCAAUAUUUCAUGACUUUCUUCACCUGUAGACGAAUAUAAAAAAGGCUCAGUCAGAUUUAAUGUAACAAAAUUUCCAAAGAGGUCGUGCACAAGUACCAAUGAUCAAAGCCUCAGAUGCGACUGUUUAGGUCCUGAUCAGUAUGUGACAUCCGGAUAUAUACACGUUUUCUGUGGAAGGGAGAAAUCCAAAAUCAACGAAUGAGUAAAAGAAUUCGAAUAGCUGGUAGUCAGUAUGUUUGAGUCCCCUACCACCAAAAAAUCUUCUUCCGAAGUCGAACCAGCUUUAUGACGGGUCAUUUUUCAGUGAAUGGUCUCAGAAUGUGCAGUUUGCUUGACAUUUAUAAUUGACCGAGCUCUUCUAUUUAUGGCAGAAUUCGAAUUUCUGACUAAGAAUCACUGAUGGCAGAAAACCUAGAUGGUGGAGAAUAUCUCUUUGCAUUUCGGAUGCUGAUGGUUCUCUUCCGAAGAGAGUUUUCGUUUUUGGACUCAUUAUACCUUUGGGAAGUAAGCUGCUUCUCUCUCUCUCUCUCUCUCUCUACGUUUUCUUCACGGACCUCUGAAGGAUGUGAGAGUCGUGGAUGCUGCAGUUGGCAGUGGAAUGGAUUAACUAAUUAACGCGAGCCUUUUUACUUCGAAAAAAAAUUCAGUUGAUGUGGGCUAUGGAGUACAACCCAUACCUCUUCGCCACUUAUCAGACGGAAACGUCAUUGGAGAAGAGGAGCAUGGAACUCAAAGAAAAUGACCGACUCCAAACUCAGUACGGGAGGUUUGAGAAGAAGAAUGUGAAAAAUAGACGUACGGACCAACCAGGUUCCCUAUCUGUCUUUCUUGUCGCCAGCAUCCUGGAGGCCAAGAACAAGCAGCUGUUAAGAGAAGCAAGAGGUCUAGAUGAUGUCGUAAAGGUAAUCUCUCUCUCUCUCUCUCUCUCUCUCUCUCUCUCUCUCUCUCUCUCUCUCUCUCUCUCCACAUUUGUUUAUGCAUAAGGAUAGGCCACAGGGCAUGCAUAUGUUUGUAUCUUUUCUAACUUGGGAGUGCUGAAAACAGAUUUUGAAUGAGAUUACGGGCAACAUGGAUGCAAAAAAGGCAUGCACUGCUGCCUUGAAAAUUCACAGAAAAUAUUUGGAGAAGGCAAGCCUCAGCUUGAUCAAAUUACAGUCCUUUCACGCAUGGAUGUCUGAUGAAAAUAUGUAUAUUAACACAUUUUUCACCGCAUGCAGACAAAGACAACAUAG